GGCUUAGAGAGCCAAUCUGAGGAGACAGACACACAAACAAACACUGCAAGAUGAGGCUACCAUCUUACCAACUGUGCACCUCACAGCCCAUGCUCGUCCUUCUCUCCCUGGUCCUCCUGGUCCCCGCACCGGGGGCCAACACACACCCCCACUUCCCUGCUGCCGUCCUCCCCACGUUGGAGCACCCCGACUGGGAGGCUGCUUUACUCCAGCUCCAGGCUUCUCUGGAUGUCCCUGGGAGCCUCCGGCCUUGGGGCCCGCUGCUCGGCGUGGGGCCUGGAGACCCCCGUCUGGGCCUCCUCAGGGAGCUGGGGGUGGAGGAUGCCUGGGGACGGGAGACCAUACGACGGGGCCAGAGAGGGGAGCUGGAGAGGAGGCCACUGGGGCCGUUUCCAGGGCACCCAAUGGAGACCCUGCAUUAUCAGGAAGGAGGGGAGGAAGAGGGGGAGGUGGGGGGGAAGAGGAACGAGGCCCUGACGUCCAUUGCUGGAGGUCUUCAGGCCUUCAACAGGGAAAAGGGGGGCUUUGGGUUCCGCUUUGGAAGGAAGUGAUGGAGAAGGAGGAUGAAGAAGAGAGAACAUGGAAAGGAGGAAAAAGAAACGGGACUCGAGGGUGGGAAAGGGGGAGGGGGGUGGAAAUGCGGUGGGGUGUUGAGGGGUAAACAGGAAGAAAAUAAGAGGAGGGGGUGACGGAGAAAAGGGUACUAAAGUCAGACCACAAACUGACUAGUAGAGCCACCGAGUAUUCUAUCGGCAAAAUGUGACCGCUGUGUCCAAGUGAAAGUACCAAGGGAUUGAAAAUUCUAAGCAGAGGGACAUUCUACUCUCAUCUUUGUAAAUCCAAAGUCUACUGUAAGGACAUAUCAAAGUCAACACUGUCAGUUAAUAAAAUACUACUUGCGAGUGUGAGAUUGUGAAUGUGUUGAUUCAUUGUGCCAUCUGUUAAGUAUUUGUUGUACUCUGUGCUAAACAAUUGUGUCUGAGUGUCACAUCAAAGCCAACUGUGGCACUAUACAGGGACACUGAACUUCUGCUAUUCUCAGAAAGAGUCUAGUGCAUUAAAGCUUGACUAGAAAAUAUUACUAAA